AUGUCAUCGUCCAACUCAUCAAUUGAGAAUGAUAAAUAUGAAUAUUAUCGAAUAUUCAAUAAAGUCUACAACAAACGACUAAAAUUUAUCCUAAAUAUUAAUAUAUUAUUAUCCAUCUUUAUGGCAUUAAUACUAAACUUACCAUUUAAUCAUAAAUAUAAAUUAUUUACAAUUUUUUUAAAAUUACCAAUAUAUUUCAUUUCAUUAACAUUAAUAAGACAAGUUCGUAAAAAAUUUUCAACUGUUGAAUUUUCAACUCACAAGACUUUAGGUUCACAAAUUUAUCAUUCAAUAUUUUCACAAAAUUUCAUUCAUAUUUCUUUAUUUUAUAUCAUAUCUGCUACACUAGUUUAUUCAAUAUUUAUAUUUAAUUUACCUUUUACUUUUGAUUUUUAUAUUAUUUCAAAAGAAUAUAGAAAAAAUCCUUUAUUAAAUGAUGAAUGGAUUUAUUAUUGGACAUGUCCUUUUACAAUUGGUUUAUAUUAUUCAGCAAAUCAAUUAAUUUUUCAAAGAAAUAGAUUAAAUUUUAAAAUUGGUCAUAAUAGAAAUAAUCCUCAAUCUAAUUUAUUUAAACAUAUACCUAAUUGUAUUGGAAAUGCUAUUGGAUUAUCUUUGAUCUUCGUGUUAGUUAAUCCUGUCAUUUAUUUAAUUUUUAAACGUUAUUUAUAUAAAGCAUUGUUUAUACUUUCAAUUUUUGGAUUGGAUACAUCAGUACCACCACAUAAUGUAAGUUUAUUAACUUAUUUAAAAUUAUCAUUUUUAGCUUAUAUUAUAAUUUUAAAUUGGGAAUUUGAAAAUCAUGUAUUUGAAGUUUAUUCAACAAUUGGUUGUUUAGAUGGUCAAAAACCAAUUUCAUCAUAUAGUAAAGAUCCAUUAAACUGUUUACUUAAUGGAUUAAAAGAUGUUUCUCCAAAACAUCAAUUGAGUAGAUUAACAGCAUUUCAAGAAUUAGCUUAUAUUUCAAAUACAUCGCAAAAAGAAGGUUUAAAAUUAAGAUUAGCUAUAUUUACUGUACGUUCAAAAAAGGAAAAAAUUUGGCCAGCUUUAUUUAAUGAAUGUUCAUUAGUUAUAAGAGAAAUUGGUGAUAGAAUUAAUUAUAGAAGUUCAUCUGAUAUGAGAAUUUUAAAAGAUGUACAAGAUUCAUUGGUUAGAGAUAUUGAUACUGGAUUUAAACCUAAACAAUCAACUAAUCUUUUUGGAAAUUCAUUCACUUCAACAUCAGACAAAACCGAGUCUAAACCAAAACCGACUGUAGCAAACGAACCUACUCCAUCAAAUAAUAAAUUGGUCAAUUAUUGGAAUUAUGAAAUUGUUGCACCUAUUAAAAAAUUAAUUGCUCAUUAUAAUCCUAAAUUUUCACCAAAUCUCAAAAUCAAUAUUAAAAAAAUUCAAAAUCUAAUCUUUCAAACAAAGAGACAAUUUCUAGAUACAAAAUUUGGAAUAUUAUUUAGAAUAACUUUAAAAAGAGAUUGUGAAUCAAGAAUAAGAAAUCCAACAAAUUAUGGAAAUGCAAUAAUAUCAAUUUCAAAUCUCCUAAGACAAUCUCAAUUAGAAGAUUCAUUAAAUAUAAUAACAUCAGAAGAUUUAAGUACAUCAUUAAAUUUAUUUGAAAAAUCUAUUAGAAUUUCAACAAAUUAUAUUGAUUAUAUUCCAGCAUCAGUUUUUAUUAAUACAUCAAAUCCUCAAUAUUGUUUAAUUUCAAAAUUAAGAAACUUGGCGAUGUUUGAAUUUAAUGAAAUUGUUCUAAGUUUUGAUUCUCAAUUAAAUGAUUUAAUUUUAAAUCAAAAAACUUAUAAAUUAGCUAAAUGGUGUAUUAAUAAAGCUAUUGCUGAUAGACAAACUAAAGAGAAAUCAAAUUAUAGAUUUUAA